AUGGGGGCUUUAUCUCCAAAAGUCUAUCAGCAUUCAGGUGUUAUCGCCGAAGUCGUUGCAAGUGAAACUUUUAUCAGUGAAUUCAAGCCAACUUCAACACAAACUGGAAUUGUAGUAUCUUUCUUCACCGGUGGAGCUUUUUGUGGUUCUGGCCUUGCCGGACCAAUUGGAGAUAAGUUUGGACGUCGAUGGACUAUAUUUGCAGGAUGUAUUCUCUUUAUACUAGGAGGUGGUCUUCAAACCGGUGCACAACAUAUUCAUUAUCUUUGGGCCGGUAGAUGGAUCGCCGGAUUAGGAGUCGGUUUCCUGGUUAUGAUUAUUCCUCUAUACCAAGCUGAAAUUGCACAUCCCAGUAUUCGAGGUCGUAUCACAUCCUUACAACAAUUCAUGUUGGGUAUUGGUUCUCUCGUUGCCGGCUGGAUCAGUUACGGAACAUAUGUAGGCAUCAAGGGAUCUUCUGCACAAUGGCGCCUGCCUUUGGGUCUACAGAUGCUCCCAGCCGUUAUUCUCGCCGGUCUCAUUUUCCUGUUCCCCGAAUCUCCACGUUGGCUCAUCGACCACGGCUAUCCCGAUAAAGGUCUUUCAACCCUCGCCAGAUUGCACGCACAUGGCGAUGAAAAUGAUCCCUGGGUGCGAGCCGAAUUCGACCAAAUUCAAGAGAGCAUUACAUACGAGCACGAGCAUGAAGCGAAAUCCUAUAUGGAUCUUUUCACACACAAAUCAUCCUUCCGCCGAUUAUUCAUCGCAUGUGCUUUACAAGCAUCGGUUCAAAUGACGGGUGUUUCAGCUAUUCAGUACUAUUCGGUAAAAAUCUAUGGACAGAUCGGUAUCGUCACCUUCCUCAUCGCCUGCGUCCUCAUCGCCACCUUCCCCCCCUCCUCCAACCACAACAUCGGCGCCUCCUGGGGCUUCAUCGUCGUAACCUGGCUGUACAACUUCUCCUUUUCCGCGACUUGCGGCCCCCUCUCCUGGGUCAUCCCCGCCGAAAUUUUCGACACCCGUACCCGUUCCAAAGGUGUCUCCAUCGCAACCAUGGUUUCCUUCGCAUUCAAUACCCUCAUUGGUCAAGUAACCGAUAUGGCUAUGACUAAUAUCGGCUAUCGAUAUUAUUUCCUAUUCAUCAUUUGUAAUUUCACCAAUGCGUUAUUUUUCUACUUGUUCUUGCCUGAGACGGCGAGGAAACCUUUGGAGGAAAUGAAUUAUCUUUUUACUCAUGCGCCUAUUCUCGUACCCGGCACAGACAAAGCCACCUACAACGCGGGCUACGCCGCCGACGUCGAGCGAAGAGCUCUUGAAAUUAGCGAGAAGCAGGAUAUACAAGUGACGCAUUAUCAAGGGGAGCUUGGACAUUAG